AUGACUAUGGUCUCAAAUGAUCCCUCUUGGUGGCCGUUCAUUGAUGCAUACCGUUUUUCUAGCUAUUUUAUAGUUGCCGCCUGUGUUGCAGUGGUGUAUGGCUGGGCCCUUACUUUUGGACAAGAGGUUGAAUUGGUCUGGGUGCGCUACCUAGGAAUCUUCUAUGCUGCCCUGAACAUCCUUGCAUGCAGAGGCUCUUCCGAUCAUCUCGCUGACAGAUACAGCCGGAUUAUCUACCUCGUACAGGAUUGGACAGAUGUUUCGGUAUUCGCGAUGCUGUGGGUCAUCAUCAUAACUCGGUUGCAUGCCAUGUAUCAAGGAUCCAGAAAGAUCCUGAUAUUUCUCGUUGCCACAUUCCUGGCUGACAAUACUUUCAACGUAGUGGUCCUCAUAAUGACAACGAUGCAUAUGUCAGGGGAGGAAUAUGUUCUCUCCGGCACUUAUCAGUGCCAGGUUAACUAUCCGGAAGACUCGGAUGUCUUACUUAUGAAUCCCAUUACUUGGAUACUCGGAACUGUGUGGGAGGUCCUCGCACUAUGUCUCGCAGUUUGGAUUGCUGUAAAACACAUCCGUGAGCUGCGACGUCAUUCGGCAGGAGGGAUUAUCGGGGACUGUUUCUCGGUGUUGAUCAAAACUCACAUGGCAUACUUUGCGAGCUUUUUUGUUGUUUCUUGCUUCAGCCUCGUCGUUCAAUUAUCUCCAACAGACCAAUAUUCCCUCGAAGCUCAGACUCGUUAUGGCUUGCUUCAGAUUUUGACAGUCAUGCAGGCGUAUGUGCUGGGACCACGCCUGAUCCUUGGCGUUCGCGAAUACCACGCUAAGCUCGUGGCCAACUCCGACGCAGCGUCUGCUAUGACCUCAAUUGCUUUCCAGGAGCGCGUGCAUGUGUCGACUAGCAGUAGUGUGUGA